AUGGAGGUAAACAAGCAGGCUGGCGGCUUGGACACUGCAGCCGCCAAUGCCCCUACCGCAAUGGACCAGCAGCAACCCACCUCGACAAACACAACAACUUCACCACUCAAGCGCAAAAGUGGAACGACCGCCUCGGCGGAUGCCUCGCCUGUGACCAAGUUUGCAAAGACGGAUCUAGAUCCCGACCUGGAUAUGAACACAGAACAAGCCAUGCCCCCGGUACCUGCACCCACUCCCGUCGCAUCCUCGAAUUCGACUGCAGAAAAGGAGCGUCGCAACCAGCCGCCUCAUCAGCAACAGCUCCCGGCUUCUGCUAGCAUGUCGCACCCUAGCCUUGACGAUAUCAUUGCCGCUGCUACCGCCGGGUCGUUCGAUCCUAUUACUCCAGCAGCUCUUCCUUCUGCUGCUGGUACUGCUACUGCUCCUUCGUCUAACGACAAUGGAGCUCUUCCUGUGUUUGCUACUGCUCCAGCACCAACGCCAGCAGUUGAGGCGUCUUUGGAAGCCAUGAAGGAACCCGAGCCAGAGUCGACCCCUCUACCAGAGAUGUCGACUGUCCUCACAGAGCCACUUACACAGCAGCAACCACCAGCACCUACAGCCCCGGCACUGUCGACUAUUGCCGCGCCAGCACCCGUCUCGGCUUCGACCACAACCGCUACAGAAACUGGUCCUGGUGUCCCUCUUUCCACACCCGUCUUGGCUGCGACUGAGGAUCCUACCGUCCAUGGAGGCGCUCUUCCUCCUUCGACUCAUAACAACAUCAACGGCGGAAGUAACAGCAUUGUGCACCCGGAUGCGUUUGCAAUCAACUCUCACAUUAACGCCGUCGACCCUGCAGAUUUGACACCCAUGCCUUCUGCACCCCCACUCCCUACUUCCGCUGCAUCGGGUACACUUGCAGAUCAGAACAGUAACAAGGCGAAGGGAGAGGCAGUGAUUGCGAGCAACAUUGGUACCAACACUGCUAGUGGUGGAGAAGAUAAGGCGCCUACCGCUCCUGUCGUUGCUCCCUCUGCUAGUGGGGUGGAACACAAAGCAGCAGAUCACCAUCAGCAGUAG